CCGCUCUAGCCUCCUCGUUUCUUGACCUCUGCAUCAGAUCGGCACAGACUGAGACCACCACAUUCUCCCAGUUCCAGCCACAAAUCUUGAUCAGUUCCAUUUGUUUGCUGCACUGCAUCAACAGGCGUCAGGUCAGGACUCAGGAGGCGAUCGAUCGAUGAGCUACUACAAUCCUCACGCCCAUGUCGGCGUCCCCCCGCCACAAGGAUACCCGCCGCCGAUGGACGGGUACGGCAAGGGCGGCGGCGUCGACGAGCACCACCACCAACACCAACACCAACACCAUCAGUACCCGCCGCAGCCGAUGGGGUACCCGGGGGCACACCCGUACGCCCCGCCGCCGCCGCAGCCAUAUGGAUACGCGCAGCCGCCGCCGCAGAUGUACCCGCCGCCGUACGCGCAGCCGCCGCCUCCUCCACCGUACCGGAACGAUCGCCGCCCGACGUUUUGCCAGGGAUGCCUCGCGGCGCUUUGUUGCUGCUGUCUCAUGGACGCAUGCCUCUGACGACGCCGAGAGGGAUUUUCCAGACGCGAUCGUGCGUAGAUGAUAAUUCACUGUAGAUGCCGAGGUGCGACGUGUCGCCAUCUAACUUGUGCGUGAGUUGAUGUACCGACGAUGCACACGAUUUGCUGCUCGGGUAGUCGAAUCUUUCCUAAAAAAAAUUCUGCUCCUACGGUGAAAACUUCUUGUCCGUAUUCGACCCGUUUGAAAUGCGGUUUAUUUCUUUUCCUCGAAACCGAGCACACCGUAUAGGCCAAACUUAUAGCAGCCUAACCGUUUAACCUGCACCUGAAAACUUUUAUUAUUUUUUGAACCUUUCGAUUU